AUGAUCUCCUUCCGAACCCUCGGUGCUCCCUUGGAGUCGGACGACCCCUUUAUAGCGCCCGGCGUCCGUUCUCGCCUGGGGGCGUCCUCGUUCUUCGUCAACGUGUCGAAAAAUGCCAGUGCCACUAAAGUCGUUACUCGUGGCUUGAGCCCAGGAUCUUACUUCCCUACCGUACUCCAUACCCCCGAUACAACCUCGCCUACAUCGCGACCCACGUGUUCGCUAAUUCUUCGCUCGUCGGACUUUGCGCCCGAAUCGUCCUCGUCGCAUGACGGUGUGUUCAAGCAUCCGGAGCUCUCGCCCUACUCUCCCACUCGUCCACCCAUGACACCCAGAUCGCCGUACUUUGCAAAAGUCGUCGCUGCCGAGGUCGACACCGACGCGACCAUGGUCGAUGCGUUCGCGACGCCCCCGCCGGUCGCGCGCUCGAGCUGCGCCAUUUCCGUUUCGAUCCCAGACACCGUGAUGGGCUUCGGGCUUCCCUCGCCACCACCGAGUAGUCGUACUUCGGACAAGAGCAAGCUCAGUUUAAGUAGUGCCGAAUUGACCUCGUCACAGCAGCAGGCGCAUUCUGCUCCGCGGAUACAACCAGCUUGCCUCCCAUCGUCGGUACCGGAACGUGCAACGCUGCUCACACCGCCGCCGACACCGUCGGGGUCACUCAAUCUUCAAGAACAGCAGCAAUCUCCCUUACCCUCGGCACCCCUCGUUGGCGGCGCUGCGCCCGCCGCCUCUUUACCCGCCCCCGCCCCCGUCAAGCUGUCCCCAUCGGCGGCUGCGCUGCAAAACUACACCCUGCACCCGCUCUUCGCUGCCCAAUACACGCUGCAGGAAGAGCUCGGAGCUGGUGGGUUCGGCUUUGUCGUUCGCGCGAUGCGCAAGUGCGAUGAAUACUCGGUCGCCGUCAAGUUCAUCGAGCGAGCCAAGAUACCCGCCCACGGCUUGACCAAGGACCGAGGCCCCCUUCCGGCUCCGGGGUUGUUGCCCCAGAUGUGCGACGAUAAGGGCGCUUACCGAUUGAUCCCGACCGAAGCUUUCAUUUUGCGCCACAUCAACAAGAUGCAGCAUCCGGGCAUCAUCGCCUUCGUGGAUGCCUUCGAGGACGACCGCUACUUUUACUUGGUGAUUCUGCCUUUCGUCGGCCCUGCCCGCUUAAAUUGUAUCUAAUCAAAUAUUUUUCUAAUGUUCCGCAGGUCAUGGAACACCAUGGCACGCCUUGGCUUUCGCCUGACAAGGUCGAAGCGCCGUGCUCGUCUCCGUCGGAUCUCCCGGGUCUCGUGGCUGCGGCCCAACCGAGCAUCCCCCAGACGAUGACGCCCUCGGCCUCGCCGACGUCGGCGGAGAUGUCUCCGUUGGCUUCUUCCUUGACACCCACAUCACCGAACAAGCUCUCCCCGCCGCGACCCGCGCCGAUGGAGCGCCGCGCGUCGUGCGAUCUCUUCGAAUGCAUCGAGCGCUAUCACCGCUUCGACGAAAACAUCGCGAGGUACAUAUUCAUGCAGAUCGUCGAGGUCGUCUACACUUUGGGGACACUUGGCAUUGUACAUCGCGACAUCAAGGACGAGAACAUCGUCAUCUCGAGCGACUACAAGGUCAAGCUGAUCGAUUUCGGCUCGGCUGUCUUCUUCGACCCUCGCCAACCGGCACCGUGGUAUAACCGCUUCUUUGGCACGACCUCGUUUGCCUCGCCCGAGAUCCUCCGUGGUGAGGCUUACCAAGCCCCCGUCUCCGAGGUCUGGUCGCUCGGGAUCCUCUUGUCGAUUCUCGUGAUGGGCGAAUCGCCUUUCGCGAACGUCGAAGCGAUCAAGGCCGGUCGACCUGCGCGACCCAAGGUGCGGAUGUCGCACGAGCUUCGCGACUUACUCUACAGUUGCCUCGAGCCGGACGUGACGAAACGCCCGACGAUCGCACAAGUGCGACGGCAUCCUUGGUUGGCUCCGCCGCCUCUUCGGACCCCUUCGAACGCAACCAAGGCGUAG